UAAACAAACAAAGGACUGAUUCUAAUACUGACAUAAGGGAAGUAGUGGGUGGGUUGUAGUUGUUGCAAAACCAAUAUUAAAACCUUUGUUAUUGCUUAAACUCAACAAUCCACAAAAAAAAAAAAAAAAAAUCUGAGAGAUGGAGGAAGAAAUCAAGAGCUUGAUCAAAGUAGGGUUUUUAACAAUAAUCUCUGUAUCUUACUGUUACUUCUUACCACCAUGAAUCAAAUCUGGUGUUUUUCGAUUAGUCUUUAUGUUCCCAGUCUGUGCAUUGUUACUUGUUCUUCCUUUGUUCUUCUCCUUUUCAAUUUUUUCUUCCACCACAGCGUUUUUCUUAUCCGCUAUUGCCAAUUUAAGAUUCAUCCUCUUUUCCUUCGAUCAAGGUCCUCUUUUUCCACUACCUUCAAAUCUAUUCAGAUUCACCUGCUUUACUUGCUUCCCAAUCCAGCGUCAACAAAACCCUAAAUCUCAAGAUCAUUUGUCCAGGCAUGUUUUCGCCGUUAAAGUUGCAAUCUUUGUUGUCUUGUUAUAUGUGCAUAACGACAUACAAAAUCUUCCUCCUACUAUGCUAUUGUUUCUCCAUCCGCUGUAUAUAUAUUUGUUACUUGAGAUUCUCUUAACGCUCCUUAGAAUUCUAAUGACCAUCAUUAUAAUUCUUUGUUGUGACCUAGAGCCACAUUUUUACGAACCAUACUUAGCCACAUCUCUUCAAGACUUUUGGGGUCGCCGGUGGAACCUCAUAGUCUCGGCGAGUCUUCGGGCAAUCGUCUACACUCCUGUGCGGCAUGUCUGCCAAGGCGUAAUGAGCUCUAAUUAUGCAAUGUUGAUUGGUAUUUUUGUGACGUUUGUAGUCUCUGGUGUGGCUCAUGAAGUGGUUUUCUUUUAUAUAACCCGUGAGAUGCCUACAGGGGAAGUCGCUUUGUUCUUUGUGUUACAUGGAGUUUGCACGGUGGCGGAAGUGGCUGUGAAGAGGACGGCGUUUGUACGGAGGUGGCCGGUGAGACCAGCCGUAUCUUGGCUGCUCACGAUGGGGUUUGUAAAUGUGACCGCUGGUUGGCUGUUUUUUCCUCAGUUGAUACGGAGCAACCUGAUGGAGAGAUGCUCCAAUGAAAUCUCCUUGCUCAUUGAUUUCUUCAAACGCAAGUUAGUUGAUUUUCCCCAGUGAAGAAUAUUCGGGUUAUUGAUCAAUCACAUUAUUUCAUAAAAUCAUUAAUGAAUAAAACUUACAAAAAAGUGAAGUAUGUGUUUCAGCGUUAGAACUUAGAAGUUAACGAAAAAAUUAAGUUUCUUCAUUUUAAUUAAUAUGUAUCUCAUUCUGUAAGUUAAUAUUAAAAAAACUUUAAUUUGCAUUACAAGACUAAACUUAACUAGGACCAGUGGACCACUAUAGAAGCAAAAGCUGGAUCACUCUCCGAAGCUUCUUCCGUUAUCUACCUGUAAAACCACAUGCCUUAAUUUCAUUCUGAUUCUUGUGUAUAUAUAUUACACGCAACGA